UUUGUAUAGGUCUGUCUUCUAUGAUAUUGUGUAAUACGCAGCUCUAUUAUCACGUAAUCUCGGAAAACGACUUGAUCGAGCCGAAUGCUCUUCAGUCAUUCCCGCGCUCUUCUAUCGCGCUCAUACGUUUCUACAUUGAACUCUACAUCUCCGACAAUCGAUACGCGAACGGGUUUACCGAGAAGCUUCAAGACCGUUGCCAGUUUAUUUUUUCUUCCUCGAACCAGAAUCUAACGGAGACGAGGAUUUAGUGUUUGCUGUGGAGAGAGGAAAAUACAGGGAAGAUGAAAACAAUUUGGAUAAUUGGUGGGCCGGGAUGCGGUAAAGGAACGCAAUGUGACCGUAUGAUUGAAAAAUAUGGAUUUCUUCACUUGAGCAGUGGUGAUUUACUGAGAGCAGAAGUUGCUAGUGGCAGCGAAAGAGGUGCGACACUUCAGGAUCUGAUGUCCAAGGGACUAUUUGUGCCAACGGACAUUGUGCUGGAGCUCAUAAAGGAACAGAUGGAUAAAGCUCAUGAGGAAGGAACCACAAAGACUGGCUUUUUUAUCGAUGGCUACCCUCGUGAGAAGGAUCAGGGAAUUCUCUUUGAGGAAAAGGUUUGCCCUGUCGACUUAAUUCUCUUCUUCGAUGUAGCGAAUGAUACUAUGAAAGAGAGACUCCUUGGACGUGCUGCUGUGCAGCACAGGGCAGAUGAUACUGAGGAGACAAUACAAAAAAGAAUCGAGAUAUUUAAUGUAAAAAACAACGAGCUUGUCGAAUAUUACAAAGACAAAGUUGUGAGAAUUAAUGCAGAAGGCACAGUCGAUGAAAUAUUCGCCGAGGUAUCGAAAACGCUGGAUACUUUAUUCUUGGCAGACCUAAUUCAGUGUUGCCAGUAAAGGAAGUGUAGUAUUAACCCAUAGAAAUAUUAGUAUUUAUGUCGUACUACCGUAACAAAACAGCAGUACAAAUAGUCGUACACAUUUAGCUUUUUUUUACUGAUUGGUAAAAAGGCAGUAAGCUGGCUCCAGCUUACUAUUUGAGCCGGUAAAAAAAGAAAGUUAAAUAUUUAUUUAACGACUAUUUGUCCUACUAUUUUGUUAUAUAAAAUGGCACGUUCAACAAUAUUUUGAUCUUAUAAUGAUUAUGAUAAUGACGUAAUCACGUUAAUUUUUAUUACAUAGCAUUUAU